AUGGUCUUUUGCGUUCGUACAGUCGCUGCAGAAUCACAUAAUCAUCGCGUUGCGUCCUGCCCUCAUGCCUGCGCAGCAUCUUCGUUCGAGGACACUCAUUUCACAGUGCGGUACUCGCAACGCCGAAAGGGAGCGUCCCGCAACGAAGUGAACUUGAUGGCUAUACUAUCAAGGUUGUGUGGAGUGUUCGCGCUGGGACCAUCUUAG